AUGGCAGACAGGUGUAACAAGGCUCAGGAUGAGAGAGAGGCAGAGAUGGCUUAUUUCACAAGUGACCCAGAGACAGGCAAAGACAUGGAAGAUCUAACAAAAGGCCUGGAAGAACUCUGUCAGAGUCCCAAAGAGAAGAGUGAGCAAGCUCUGCUACAUUCAUGCCUGGAACAACAGCAUCACCAUUGUAUACCAAAGAAAAAAGCAGACACUGGACACAAAUGCUGUAGAGGCCCAGAGCAGCUCAACAUGGAGCUGGAGAUACUGAAAAGAGAGGAUGCUGCAAAAAUGAAAACCCAAACCCAAUAAAUUCAGCAUUUGGAGGGGCAUUUCAUAGGUCUGGCCAACAACCAUGAAAAAACGAUGCAGUUCAAGGAUGAACACAGUAAACAGCAAAUCCAGCUGUGGGAGGAGAAUAAGGACCUGGAGGAGAAUGAGACACUCAACCAGACUGUGAGGGAGAAGGAAGCUGAAGUGCUCCAGGUCAUUGCCUCGACCAGAAAGGUCUCACAGCAGUUGGACUCCUUGCAGAAGAAACAUGAGAGUCACAGAGCCCAGGAACAAGAAAAGGAGAUGCUAGAAGCUCAGAGCCAGCAAGCAAGUGCCCAUGCCUGGGAAGCUGAUUGACUAAAUCAGCUGCAAUACCUACGGGAGAAGCCACAAACUAUUGCACAGGCUGAGUUUGCAGAAAGUCAUCAGAGGGCUCAGGACAAGCUGGAGAGGACCAAUAAGGAGAAAGAGGAACUACUGAACCUGGCUGUAGAGAGGAGUAAAGCUCUGCAACAUGAUCAACAGGAAAUUCAGGAGACUGUGCAAAAAGCCUGGCAAGAGCACCUUGUGAGAGAGACAGCAGCAGUGAACAAUGAUCUGAAGGUCCACAGGCUCCAACGAUGUCUCAAAACCAGCAAGCAUGUGGGCAAACAGCUCCCACUGGAGUUUGAUGCUUACAGUACAGAUUUACUGAAGAAAAAGUGUUGA